AUGGCUCCUUCAGUCGGACAAUUCGCAAGCACAUCGUGGAAGCCGGGAUUAUUCGAUAACAAGGUGUUAUUCUGUACUGGCGGGUCCGGGAGCAUCUGCUCGGGCCAAGUGCGAGCCCUUGUCGCGCUGGGCGCCAACGCCUGUAUCGUCGGGCGUAAUCACGACAAGGCCAAAAACGUCGCCGCUGACAUUGCGCUCGUGCGGCCUGGUAGCACCGUGCUGGGUCUCGGAGGGGUGGAUGUGAGGAAUCAUGAAAGUGUUAAAGAGGCGGUUGACACUUGUGUGCAACGCUUAGGCGGGAUUGAUUUUGUCAUGUGGGUUGUUGCAAUUUCUCUUCACCCUUCAAAUCAUCUCUGUGUUGCUCUGGACACAUCCUGGCUGGCGGCACCGACUAAGUAUAAUACACCGUGGUACAGAGCUGGAGCAGCUGGUAACUUCGUCUCGACCAUCGACGACCUAUCAGUGAACGCGUUCAAGGCAGUGGUCGACAUUGACCUUGUGGGCUCUUUCAUAACGGCAAAGUUGACUCUGCCGCACCUCGCCGCUUCCGCAGAACGAGCAAGGACAAACAAGGAUUUGGACUCGUCGAGCCUGACCGGCGGCCGAAUCAUUUUCGUGAGCUCGACAAACUACCAAUGUGCUCGAAUCGCACAGGCCCAUGUCUGCGCGGCCAAGGCCGGCGUCAACGCCCUCUCGGACUGCAUCUCUCUCGAGUACGGGCCGAGAGGAGUAACCUCCAAUGUGAUCGCGCCGGGCCUGAUUGACGACACCGAGGGCGCCAGGCGCUUGACGGACCCGACUCUUCGAAACGACCUUAUCAGGAGCGUCCCCGUCCAGCGGCUGGGGUUGAUCAAGGACAUUUCUGACGCCACAAUCUUCCUGUUUGCCGAUACUGGAAGUUUUGUCAAUGGCGCGACCAUCGACGUCGACGGUGGCGCCUGGCGCAUCAGGGCAGCGGGCGCUGGCCCCAACUACCCAAGCUUGCCCUCUCGGGCGCACCAAGUGAAACUUGGCGGGAGCUCGAAGUUGUAG